CCCGCGGUGCCCGUCAGCCGUCUGCGAUGAGUUUAGUUUUCAAAACAAGACUCUGGUUGCCGCUCGUAGGCCGCACUCGCGUUUAAACGAAAAGCUCGAGAGAGCCGGAGUCAAAACCUGCUAACACGGAAGGCUGUACCGUAGCAUAGUGUCUCGCGAGCGGUCUUCUUUUCUUUCGGUAUUUCCCGUCUUCUGGUUUAAAACGUGACGAAAAAAUGGACACCCUACGCGAGCAGGUGAUGAUCAAUCAAUUUGUGCUGGCUGCAGGUUGUGCCAGGGAGCAAGCGAAACAGUUGCUACAAGCGGCGCAUUGGCAAUUUGAGACUGCCCUUAGUAUUUUCUUCCAAGAAGCAGCGAUACCUCCAUGCGCGCAAGGACCUGGCACACAUUUUGGCCAAAUAACGCCAUGCAACACCCCGGCCACACCACCAAAUUUCCCUGACGCGCUUUUGGCGUUCUCCAAAAUGUCCGCAGGCGACAAAACUCCAUCAGGAAUGUCGCCGAGCCAAAAUGGAUUGCAUCAGAACUCGAUGCAGAUGGGGAUGGCGACGCAACACCACGGAGGACGGUGUAGCGUGACCGGGAACACGCAACAGCAAACGCAAAGUCAACAAUUGGGCCUAGGCGAGCCGCAGAGAUAAAAGAGACUUGCGAUUCGGCGGCCCGUGCGCAAGAUCCCGAGGUCGCACGAUGUGCACGUAAACGGUGUUUAAAAACAGGAGGCAAUGGUUUAUAAAAGAUCGACUGACUCGCCAGUGUUACACGCUGCGUAACCACGAGAGCGAUUUAUUAGCCGAGAUUCACGCGCUCGUAUCUCCUCAUCCCUAGAAGAAGGACGCAUGAUAUUCCUGCAAAGAAAACAAACAAAAAAUCUCGUGCGCAAAGAAAGAAAAACGCAGAUUAAUCAUUUAGAACGUGCACGUCUCUAGAAGAAAACAAGAUCUCCCUCUGUCUCUAAUAGAAAGGAAUCCUCAUCUCUAUCCUCAUUGAAUUGCACGAUAUACGUACGUGGAUCUCUAGAGUAGCCGAUGCGACCCUCGUUUAUUCUUGUUAUUCUUUGAUAUAUACAUAUAUAUGGUGUACAUCGAAACACAACACGUCGAUCACGGUCGAGCCUCUUCAGGACCUCUCGAAAAGAAACAAAAAAAAAGCUCUUCUCUUCUUCCGUCGGAUUAUUCUGGUGAUACGAGUAAGAGAGGAGGGAAGGGGGAAGAAAGAAGGGAAAAAGAAAACACACGGAGAAGAAGGAAGAACACGAGAACGGAAGUUGCAAAGACUAUUUUUUAUUUUUUUCUUUCUCAUUUCCUUUUCAAACGUGCUGCUGGGACGGUAGUUCCUAUGGUUAUGAAAGACAGCGAUACUCUCCUUAGCGUUUAUGAAAUUAGUAUGCGUCCAGAAUGCCGCUUGAUGUAAAUGAGUAGCGAGAAGCCUCCUCCACCGUCCCGAGUAUCUUCCUUGUUGUUUCUCGAUUUACAGACUCGCGGCUAGAUAGGAAACAUUUGCGGUUCGUGGGCCGCGGAAGUCAAUGAGAAAUCGAAUACCACUUCCACACCAUAGUACAAAAAAUUGCCGGCACUGGAUAGCGCUUAGCGAUGAAUGUUAGUUUAUGUUUAUUUUAUUUCCUUUUCUUUCUCCUUUUUUUCUCUUUCUUUGGUAGUCGAACAAGAUACAUCGUGAAUGUAAUUCGAUUCCGGUUGACUAUGAGUUGAAAAAAGGUUAUUGUACUCGUAUUUCUUGUCGUCUGUUUUGUUUUUGACGACGAUCGAAUUUAAUACAGAGACUUUUAUGUAAAAUCCGAUCAUUGUCGGCAUUGUUUUAUAAUGAUAGUAAUAAUAUAAAAUGUCUAACGAAAGGUUGAAAAAGAAAAAAAAAGAAUUGUUCAUGCUCAACGCGACAAGAGCAAUGAAUAGAAACACGAGGCUAAUAUUAUAGUGAAUGCGAAAUUACGACGAAUUAUUAUGUAAAAAAUUGUAAAAAGAAAUUUACUGAUUAUGUAAUGUCCACUAAGUAUUUAUGUAAAGUUACUCGAAGAAUUAUAUAUGUAUACAUUUCUUAGAACGUCGUUUACACGAGAAUAUCACUUGCUCAGAUAGUAUAUCCAGUGUAGGUCAUUUUUGUUCUACGAGGAAAAAGGCAGUGGAGCCAUAUUAGCUGAGCUGUUUCAUCGUCAAUUGAAUUUAUAAAUAGGAAUACAAAUAGGAAUUUCGUACUACUUCACAUGUGAAAUGAUUUGAUCCUAGAGUUCGUGUUAUUCGCAGAAAUUCUUGUACAACAGCUUAUUGUAAUUUACCUAACCAGUAUAUAAUAAAACUGUUUUCCAUUUCAGUCAAUCAUUCUUACAUAGAUAUCGGUAACAUAUAUCUAAAGUUUAGUUUCAUUUUCGCUCCGAACAAUCUUUUUCUCACAAUAGUUUACUUAAUCGCGCGAUGCAUCUACUAUCGAUUCGUAUUUAAUUUCAAACAAAUGAAAGACAUUUUAUUAUCCCUCUCUGAAUAAACAUAUAGAAUGUUGAAAUACAUCAGCCAGUUGCAGAUUUCUUACUUACAGUAAUUAAUAAAGUCAUAGUCUCGAAAGAUACAAGGGACAUUAUGAUCAGUAUAAUCUAAUUUUUAAAGAUGGAAUAGUUCAAGUAUUCGAGUUUCGCUGCAGCUUCAUCAUUAUGCAUUCAUUUAUGUAAAUAUGGUAGAAAUGAUGUUAUGCGAAAAUUGAGUAUGAGAUGUUUUUCUGUAAGGUAUACGCUUUAAUGUCUUUUUUUUUGUGUUUGUAAUGUGUAGAUCAGUGUUGUAUAAUGUAUUAUAGUUUAUACGUUAUUAUAUUUUUCUUUUGUGACCUGAUCAUAAGAUAUAUACGGUAUAUUAAAAUUAUGUAUUGGUAUGACAAGAUAUCUUUUUUAGAAAAAUUUUGUUCAUUUUAAAUACAUAGAAAUUUUGAAACACUGAUCUAAACUAUUAUGAAAAUAUUAUUAUGUUAUGAAACUCUUAUUAUUACUAAAAUUAUUAUUAUUGUUUAUUUGACUAUCAAUGAUAAUAAAUAAUGUUUAUGUACAUAAUUUUGAAAAUUGAUCUAAAUAAAACAUUAAUAAUGGUGCUUUCA